GGCGAAAGAUGUGAUUGGGCGGGGUUCUCUCUCCAGAAUCUACGGGAAACUUGACUCCGCCGGGUAAGGGGGGGACUCUUCCCUACCUCCUGGGGCGCUUAUAAACCUCAGCCCCUGGGGCUCCUGCGGGCUGCAUCCACCUCCUAACUCCGGUCAGCCCUGUGAGGACUUCUGCUCCAGGGUCCUAAUGGCUGCUGAGCCACUGACUGAGCUGGAGGCAGCCAUCGAGACUGUGGUGACCACCUUCUUCACCUUUGCAGGGCGGGAGGGCCGCAAGGGCAGCCUCAGCAUCAAUGAGUUUAAGGAACUGGUCGCUCAGCAGCUACCUCACCUGCUCAAGGCUAUUGUGAGAGCCUUUGUCGAGGGCCUCCUAGAAAUCCAGAGACCCCGCCAUUCCUCUGAUCUGGUGGCUAGUGACCUGACUGGGGAAAUAAGAAGUCGGAGGGUUAUGGAAAUAGCAGAUGUGGUCUCCUUAGAUGAGAAGAUGAAAAGCUUGGACGUGAAUCAAGACUCAGAGCUCAAGUUCAAUGAGUACUGGAGACUGAUUGGGGAGCUGGCCAAGGAGAUCAGGAAGGAGAAGGCCCAGGAGAUUCGGAAGAAGUAAAGUCAGAUGGAGGGAUGGGGGCAGGGCAGGGCUGGGCAGGACCCCACUCCUCCCAAAUAAAGAGUCUUCCUUGAGACACA